GAAGCAGGGAGACCUCAGCCUCCAACCAAACCCUCCAGGCUAUUUAAUCAAUGCUGAUCCAAGAACAGAGCCAGGACAUUGCCUAGCAGAACCCCAGGCUUUCAUCGGUGCCACUGACCCACAUGAGCCUGAUGCUGGAUGGCCAAGCCCCCACAGAGGCUCAGGAUGCAGAGGAUGGUCCAGGAUCCGCAGAGCCAGGAGACCCGCUACGGAGGCCUGAGACCCAGCAGCAACCCAACUCUGGGGCAGGGCGCUGGUGUGCCGGGCAGCGCAGCUGGGCAGUGCUGGGAGCCCUGGGGCUGCUGGCUGGUGCAGGCGUCGGCUCCUGGCUUCUAGUGCUGUAUCUGUGGCCAGCUGCCUCUCAGCCCACUCCUGGAACCCUGCAGGAUGAGAUGACUUUGAACUGCUCCGAGGCCAGCAGUGGGGAAACCCUGCUCCCCUCGAUUCCCAGAACAGUAUCUUUCAGAAUAAACACUUCUGAGGACUUCUUGCUGGAAGUACAGCUGAGGGCCCGGCCAGGCUGGCUGCUGGUCUGCUACGAGGGCUGGAGCUCUGCCCUGGGGGUACGGGUCUGCAGGAGCCUCGGACAUCUCAGACUCACUCACCACAAGGCAGUGAGCCUGUCUGACGUCAGGCUCAACAGUUCCAGGGAGUUUGCUCAGCUCUCUCCUAGACUGGAAGGCUUCCCGGAGGAGGUGUGGCAGCCUAGGGACCGCUGUGCUUCUGGUCAAAUUGUCUCCCUCAAGUGCUCUGAGUGUGGGGCCAGGCCCCUGGCUUCCCGGAUCGUGGGCGGGCAGGCGGCGGCUCCCGGGCGCUGGCCCUGGCAGGCCAGCGUGGCCCUGGGCUCCCGACGCACGUGCGGGGCCUCCGUGCUGGGCCCGCGCUGGGUGGUGACCGCGGCGCACUGCACACACAGUUUCAGGCUGUCCCAUCUUAUACGGGUCCACGCGGGGCUGGUCAGCCACAGCACGGUCAGGCCACACCAGGGGGCUGUGGUGGAGCGGAUCAUCGCCCACCCUCUGUACAGCGCCCAGAACCAUGACUAUGAUGUGGCCCUCCUGCGGCUCCGCACCCCACUGCACUUCUCAGACACCGUGGGUGCCGUCUGCCUGCCGGCCGAAGAGCGGGAUUUUCCGAGGGGCUCGGAGUGCUGGGUGUCUGGCUGGGGCCACACUGACCCCAGCCACACCCACAGCUCCGACGCGCUCCUGGACGCCGCGGUGCCCCUGCUCAGCACCCAGCUCUGCAACAGCUCUUGCAUGUACAGCGGGGCCCUGACGCCCCGCAUGCUGUGUGCCGGCUACCUCGACGGGAGGGCGGAUGCGUGCCAGGGGGACAGCGGGGGUCCCCUGGUGUGUCUGGACGAGGGCACGUGGCGCCUGGUGGGGGUGGUCAGCUGGGGACACGGCUGCGCAGAGCCCAGCCACCCCGGAGUCUACGCCAAGGUGGCCGAGUUCCUGGACUGGAUUCAGGACACCGCGGCGCAGGUGAGUGGGGGCAAGGGGAGAAGACAGGUUUGUGAAAGACCCAACCCUCGGAAACCGCGACCCUCGCCCUUAGACCUGGGCUUUGCUGGGGGAGGGGGAAGGUUUUAGACUGCUGAGAGGAAGUGGUGCUUAUGACGGCCGAAUCCAUUCUAGCAGUUUAAGCGUUCACUCGGGAAGAAUCGAUCCGAGUUUGUAGCCCAGAUUCCUAAGCUUGGUAAACUUCAGUGUCCUGGUUAUAACCAUCCAGUCUAUCUUAUAUGCUGUGAUAUAAGAUUACAUGAUGACGAUUACAUGAAGUAAGGCCUGCUCAGCUCUAGGCUUGGAGUGAGUGACCCAAGUGUUAUGAAGCAUUUAUUUACUCUUCCCUGGUCCUGCCUGCCCUCGAGGGAGAGAGCUCAGCAUCUAGCAGUCUGGUUUCAGCAACUAAUUCAUUCUGUGUGGUCCUGAGCCUACCUCUCCACUUCAUCCUUACAGUGGGAAAUGCAAGUGAGAAAACAAAAGCCCAUGAUUUGUAUAAAGUCCUUUACAAAUAGAUUUCCCACAUGAUAGUGGGAAGCGUCUUUCUGCAAAGCUGGGCUCAGGGCAGGUGGUGGAUAGAUAAUACACUUUUUAGAGUUUACAGGACACCUAUGUAUCCAUCUUCUCAUUCAAACCUUACAAAAACCCUAGAGAAACAGAUAUGCCAGUCCCGUUUGAUAGAAGUGGAAAUGAAGGAGCUGAGUGGUUAAGUGAUGUUUAAAAAAAUCAUUUUUGGAGUAUAGUUAUUUACAGUAGUGUGUUGGUUUCAAGUGUACAACAAAAUGAAUCUGUUAUACAGAUACAUAUAGCCACUCUUUUUAAGAUUCUUUUGGACAUAUACACACUGCUGUAUAUAAAAUAAGUGAUCUAUUGAAAAUGCUAGCUGCUUGGCUCAUGGAGGGAGGAGCCAUGCUGCAGAUCAGCUCCUUUUUCUUUCAGCCCAGGACUCCCUUCCCCAGUGCUAUUGAUUUGUUUUCUCCAUCUCACUACACACCAGCCUCAUGUUUCCUGGGCCCUCUGGCAGGUCCACUAGAUGCAAGAGAAGCAGCCCUGGACGCAGAAGGCAUGGAUCUCUUUUCAGUGCACAGGAGACCGUCACCACCCACCGGCCAGCCUCCAGGCCACUGUGCCUCUCUCCUUGGGCCCUGAUUUCCAGUCUGUCUAUCUUAGCGGAGCGCCUCAGUGAUGGGAGGGAAGCUGGGACUGGGCUGGGAAGCUGGGGGAGCAGCGGGCUGGGGCAGGGGGCGCAACUGGAGAGAAAGAGGCUGUCAGCGGCAGUGAGGAGCCUGCCCUUCUGUCUCCUCCCCUCUGCGGCCCUUUGUGAGUCUUUGGGAGGACGCCCAGGCCUGCCCUGGGCCUACCUUCUCUGCACUCUCAGGUCGGGGAAAUGCCUCCCCAGAGACCCAGACUGGGAUGCUCCUGGGCAGAUGGGGUCAGGACUGGGUCAGCCCAGGUUAAGCCCACGGAGUCAGGAUCCUCCCCACUCUCCCGUGGAUCUCACCUGCUUCCUGCUCUCACCUGGCUCUGGCUGGCUCUGCUGCGGUGGGGCAGGAGACCACUGUAAGAAUACUCUGGUCGGCAAUGGAAUAGCGGGGAGGUUUUAAAAUGACAGUUCUGUGAACUGGUCCAGGACUUCCGGUAUUAAAGUGAAGUAUGGUCUCGGUCUCCUCCUCCCAUUCCCGCCUUCUCUCUCUCAGACGCCCACGUGAAGGUGGUAGUAGAAUAAUUUCCUCCCAUGCAUGUUUCUUAAAGCUCUGGAGCUGACUCCUGCUUGUCUCUCUAGUGCUUAUCUAUGUACUUCUUUACAUUUGUUAGGACUUCCCUAGUAGCUGCUAAGGUAAAGAAUCUGGCUCCAAUGCAGGAGACCCAGGUUCCAUCUUUGGGUCGAGAAGAUCCCCUGGAGAAGAGAAUGGCAACCCACUCCAGUAUUCUUGCCUGGAAAAUUCCAUGAACAGAGGAGCCUGGAGGGCUACAGUCCAUGGGGUCGCAAAGAGUUGGACAUGACUGAGCAACUACAUUUGUUAAAUCUACAUGUCAUGAUUGGCAACAAACAGAAAGCUCCAGAUAUCCGGGUGCUCUGAUGCUGCAUAUCUGAGGGCCGCCCAGUCAGUGCUCCCUCAGGGAGGGUCUGGAGGCCCACAAGACCUAUCUCUCCUCAGCUCUUGUUUCAGGACUGGGUUUUCCGGCUUAGGGAGAUGUCUUUCUGAGUUUCUGCCCAGUUAGCAUUUUCCUGGUUAAGCUUCUCCCUGACUCUCUCCUCUCUAGCAAUUAAAAUGCAGUUGGCAUCUUGUUUCUAAAAACUGCAAUGAAUUUUUUAUGGUGCUUACCCAAGGAAAUGCAAUUAGCAUUUAGCAAUGACAACUUUUUCAUGAAUUUAUCAGCAUUUUUUGGGGGUAGUACAAAUGAAGAUUCAUUUCUGGAGGGUCUGCUUCCUUUGCAGGAAGUGCUUAAAAACUAAGGGCCACAAUUUACUGUGGUAUUAUCACCUGGGGAAGUGCUUGCUGGGAGUCUGCUGCCAAAUUGCAGAAGCAAUGCGGGAGGGGCCCCAGCAGGUGGGAGGUAGCCUCACCCUGUGUUCUGAGGGCCUUAACUUCCAGCCUCCAUCCUGAGAUCAGCCUUUGCUCCUCUGCUCUAAGUCUCCACUUCAAGAGGCAAUUCCAGGGCAGCCUAGCUCCCUGGGCAGAGAAGAGUGACCAGCAAAUCCAUCAGCAGUGGUCUUUUUUGUGUUUCUGUUGUCCCCUACGCGAACUUGCUUGUUUAGAAAGUUUUUAUUUACCAUACUCAUUAUGAUCUGUUAAUAAUCAGUAAGAUUUGGAUACCACUUUACAGAUUAGCAAUCCUGCUUAUGUGUGGUAUCUCAUUUAAAUCUCACACCAUCUAUGUGGUGAAGCUAUUAUUGUGCCCAUUUCACAGGUGAAAGUAUUAGUUCAGAAAGAUUACGUGACUUCUGAGCACCAGCGAGCUAAUAAGUGCCAAAGCCAGGAUGGGAACCAUGAGUCUUUUUAUGCCAAAUCCACCUUACUGUUUUUCACACAGAUGAAGAAGAUGGUCCAAUAUUGCCCAGAAGUGUAGAAUGGAGGGCUGGUUUAGCCACCUGUCCGCAGUAAUGCAUAGCUAUCCCUACUUUUUAUACGUGAGGAAAUCAAAACCAGGGAAGUUGAGUGGCUCCUGCUAGAGUCCCUUCCCGAGCCAUGUUCUUAUAGGCAGUUCUGCAUGAUCUGACUCAAAAUGUUACAAAUGCAUAUCUCCCACAGGAGGACAAUAAAGAGAAUGCUAGCUAGAGAAUUUGCUAAUAGCAAUUCCCUCUUUGCCUAUAGAUGGCCCUGGUAGAUUUCACCAGGCCACCAGUCAGAUCUACAGAUUCAGAGGCUCUCAUCUGCCCUUCCGGUACCAGCACCUGCCAAUCCAGCCCUUAUAAGUGAGAAGUGAAUGUCCUGGGCCGGCUGCUAGAGAGCAGGGCUGGAGAUGGAAGCAAGGGAGGGUGGGAAGAUUCAGGGCUGGAAGGGCUUUAAUGAGGACCAGCUGGGGUGCCCAGCUGUGAUACACUCUGUAGGGAAUUCAGAGGUAGAGAAGUGGCUCCUUAUUGGAGCAAUGAGACAUUUGCAAUAAAUUGUUAGUGGCCAGCCAUGAAGCUGAGUGGUGAGGCAGUAAUUGCUAAGGGAGCUCCAAGAGCCUGUUGUUGCCUAAGUCAGGGCAGUCCUGUGUGCAGGAAACCCGUCUCUCUCCCCAGGGAUUCAGCUUCCCACCUGUCUGGGGAGAGCUUGCAGCCUCCUGAGGCUUCCCAGGAAGGGGGUUCCUAGCUGCCAGGCCCAGGGCAGAGCUCAGGUCUCAUCUACUCCUUCUCUGUGCUUUGGGGGUCUGGAGGGUACUGCGGGGUACAGGCUCUUUUCUUGUUAGACCUUCCGUGGAGUCCUGCUUCUCCUAGGAAGACUUGCCAUGAACAAGGAGGCAGCCCUGUCAUUCCUUGGGAACAUUUCUCAGGCUGUUUCCUGCAUUUUAUUUUUGGAAUUGUUGGGUUCACCCACAGUAGGACGAAACAGGAAAUGUUAUAAAUGCUAAAAGCUGGGGUAUCAGCUGUUGGGAGAUGCUUUUCCCGAGUCUCUUCCUUGUUUCUUCUUGUCUCCCUUCUUUGCCUUCUCCUGACCAUACGCUUGGAUCCUUCCUGGCUGCUCAAAAGAGAACCCACCUAUGCCUACUCCCACUCUUUCCCCUCCCUCGGCAUCCUGGGUCUGGAUCCCUCUCCACCUCUCUCCUUUGACACACCAGAAUGUGCCUUUGGGUUUGCAUCACCCUGGGGCCCUGCUUCCUGCUAAACUCACUGGAGCCCAGUGUGGUUGAUGGCCCUUUAAGCUGUGUCUUAAAUACCUCCACCCCUAGGAAGGCGCCUCAUAGUAGGUGGGGAGCCUCAUCUUACCGAGAGGUGAGGCUGGCAUUUCUUACACAUUCCAAGGCCAGGAAAGGGAGACGUGGAACCUGCAGGCACUCUCUGUAGGUUUCCCGUGCCCUGGAAGCCCCAGGGCUGAGCAGUGUAGGGAAAUCUGCUGAGGGUUUUCUCCUGGGGUUGGUACUGGGGUGGACCACGCUGGGGACUCAAACAGAUUGGAGAGAGGAAUUGUGGCUCAGAGAAGGGGCCAUCUUCCACUAAUGUGAUAGGUAGGCUGGGGCUUCCACAGCACUAGGCUUAUCUUCUGAGCAUCCUCUAUUCUGAGGAAGCUCUGGCAUCUGAUGGUGGACAGUCCCGUCUGCAUCUCUAACCACUUGAGAGUGUGCUGUCCUGAGCUUGUGACUCAGCCUCCCUGGGGUUUGGUCUCCCAUCUGUCAAAUAAGGGGUCUGGGCAAGGGGGUCUCCGUGGGAUCUGCCUUGUCAGGCUGGCUGUCACACAAACCUCUGUUGCCUCUGGAGACUUCGAUCCACAGCGCCCACUUGGGACCCCCAUGGGUAAGGGCCCUCUUCCUGGGACAGAUCUAAAAGAGCGAGCUUGCUGUGGCUUCUUAGGCUCACGCCACGGCUGUGCGCCGACUGCCCUCUGGGUCCCUGGGAGGCUGAGGCCCCAGGCGGAAGAUUUUAAAGCCUUCUUUCCCCUUGUCCCAUGUGCCCUGGAGAAGGGCUCAAGGGCACGUUUUCUCAGGGGCUCCCCAGCUUACUCCCCAACACCCCAGGCUCUGCGUGGGGUUCCAUGGUGCCAGCUCCCUAAAGACAGUGAGGGAAUUUCCUCCCUGCCCUGAAGAUCAUGGACACUUUCCUUCUGCCUACUUUCCCUUGGCAUCUCCUGGGCUGCCCACAGGAUGCCUUGCUCUCCAGUGUUUCCUCCUCCAUGUGGCCCAGUAGCAAAGAAAGUUCUCGGCCAGCAGAACCAUGACCAGGAAGCUUGGGUCCAAGCUAUUCUCUUUCCAGUGCCGUGGGCAAGGAACACAGAGGGCAGAGUCUUUCCCACCGCCUCUCAGUUAAGGGACCCCAUCUUCCCAGAUUACCUAGGACUGAGCGCCAUCAAUAACCUCAGAUAUGCAGAUCACACCACCCUGAUGGCAGGAAGUGAAGAGGAACUAAAAAGCCUCUUGAUGAAAGUGAAACAGGAGACUGAAA